AUGACGUUGUUCUCUCGUUUCUUGCAGCUGCUGUCGCUGCUUCUGCUCAUUUGCGCAGUGACCGCGGAGCACACAUCCAACUGGGCGGUGCUGGUCUCAACCUCCCGAUUCUGGUUCAACUACCGUCACCUCGCCAAUGUCCUAUCCCUUUACCGAACUGUUAAACGGCUCGGCAUUCCCGACUCACAAAUCAUCCUCAUGCUGCCUGAUGACAUGGCCUGCAACCCCCGCAACGCCUUCCCUGGAACCGUAUACAGUAAUGCGGACCGCGCCGUCGACCUGUACGGCGACAACAUCGAGGUGGACUACAGGGGCUACGAGGUCACAGUGGAGAACUUCAUUCGCCUCCUAACCGACCGACUCGACGAAGACGUACCACGCAGCAAGAGACUUGGGUCCGAUGCGGGCAGCAAUGUACUCGUAUACAUGACCGGCCACGGUGGAGACCAGUUCCUGAAAUUCCAGGACGCGGAGGAGAUCGGUGCAUGGGAUUUGGCCGAUGCAUUUGGCCAGAUGUGGGAGAAGAAGCGCUACCACGAAUUGUUGUUCAUGAUUGAUACUUGCCAGGCGAAUACUAUGUACACCCACUUCUACUCACCCAACAUCGUCGCCACUGGAUCCAGUGAACUUGACCAGUCGUCUUACUCCCACCAUGCGGAUAACGAUGUCGGAGUUGCGGUUAUUGAUCGUUGGACCUACUACGUGCUUGAGUUCCUCGAAACCCAAGUGACUAGUGCCAAUUCCAAGUUGAAUUUAGGUGAUCUGUUCGACUCCUAUGACGAAUCGAAAAUUCAUUCACAGCCCGGUGUGCGAUGGGACUUGUUCCCCGGCGGCGAACAGGAAGGCCGUCUUCGGACUGUGGUGGACUUCUUUGGCAAUGUCCAGAAUGUCGAGGUUGAGAAUGCUAACGCAACAGAACCGGGUUCCUUGAAGGAAGACCUGGCUGAGAUUGCGCGACUGGUGGAGAAGUGGCAGAGGCGCGAUGUUGAGUACUCCGCCAUUCUCAAUAACUCGACAGAGCAACAGGCCGGCUCACCUUCAGUUCAUUUGCCCCGGAAGCAGACUGUUGGGCCCACCCGAAUGACAGACGAUAGCAGCUGGGGCAAGCGCCUGGUUGGUAUAUCCGUUGUGGGAGCAUGCACUGCCAUCUGGGUUGCCGGUUCAUAUCUUGGGCGCUCUGUGGCUUAA